GACAUUUUCAGGAAAUCGGCCGAUAAUGCGGCAAGAGGAAAAACAUCAAGAAGUUCCCGAUAUUCCGUUAGGUGGCGUAACAAAGAUAGUGAAACACGCGUGAAAGAGACUACACCAUUAACACGAAACUAACACGAAGAACGUAGAAGACCUCAGUUCUAUCAGCAGAAUAAGACUUGGCUGUAAAAAAAGGUUCGAAUGAAAAUGUCUUGUUACCGCCAGGCAUGCAAGUGGAGUGAGAAAUGUUUUUUCCGGUGCGUUUUUCAGUGAAAUCUUUAUUCUACUUUGAUUUGGAUUGGUAUCGGUGCCAGUGAACGGAGAAUCAGUUGCGGUAGACUUUGCGAAAGUAUAUUUCGUUUCCAAGAUUUGUGGAAACUGCAACACACGGAUCACCGUCGUCGCCAAGAAGAAGGUACGGACGAAAGCAGGAACAGCAGUAGCAGCAGAAGCAGCAGCAGCAGCAGCAGCAAGCGGUACAAAGCGGUGGCGAUGAAGACAACGGCUAUGGAAGAAACAAGAGUUUGACAGCAAAUGACAGCAGCAAAUAGGAAGAAAGAAAGUGGUGAAAGAACUCCUGCCGAACGAGUUAGUUUAGAGUGAAAAAAUAUUUCAUAUUCUUUGGAAUUUCCGCUAUUUGUGGCGAAGAAAGUCGAGAUACAGCACAUUCGGAUGGUGUCGAUUGAAGGAGGAACAAAACACGUUAAAAACAAGCAUCCGUACGGAGAAAACAAGAGGCAGCAAAAAUGUGCGAUGUUUGCUCCGGUUUUCUGAAUCUUCUUGUUUCGUAUGAGUCCAGAUUAAACGGCAGCAAUGACACCGAUCAACCGGUGUUCCUGCAAAAGCGUGAGGUGGAAGUCGUCCUUAACUACAUCCAAACGUGGCCGAACAGGCAAUGCAUGUGCUGCUACCGGGAAAUAAAAAACUUCGAACGGUUCAACCUGGUUGUGCAGGGUAUAAUAUGCUUCACUGUAUACCAGCUGAAGAACAUCCGGAAGCUGUUGGCACACAAUUUGCUGCAGGCAUCGCCGAGUGCAGGCACCGGACAGACUGGCCCGAGUGCCGCCGAGACGGCAGCAUCCGAAAAAGAUGCCACCCCAUCGACAGACAAAGUCGAAGAUACGAAAGAUGGGAACGAUAAGACGGUGGGUGAUAAAAAGGAACACCCAAACAUGCUACCAACCGUUUCAUCGGACUGUGGGAAAACAGAACACAUUUCCAAGGAUGGCGAAUAUGUUCUUGAGACGACAGCGAAGCUUGCAGAAGCGGACGAUGGAAAGAACGUGGACAAGCAGCACCAGCCGUUGACAGUAGCGAGCAAUCAAUCAGCAAUGGAUGAAGCCUGGACAUUACUGGAUGUAGAAAAGCUGCUGAUACUGGUGUCGAAAGUGUUCCUGCUCAACUUUCCACUGUACGUGGCCUACAAGCACAGUGUGCACACUCGCCUGGAAGAGGUUUCACCACAGGAAGUGCAAUCGUUAAGUUUGUUCUGUGAUUUACACGAAAGCGAAAUAUCGGCCUUCCUGCUGCGCAAUGUGUCGUUGUUUUGUAAUUAUGCCGGUUUUGAGGCGAUGAUGCACUGUUUCGAUCAGCCUGGAUUACCUGUCUCGACGGCCCAUGCCAUCACCGCUACGAGCUCCAACAUCAAGCUGUGGAUUAACUAUCGUUCAACCGUGCAGCUGUUCAUUCCUUUACGCGUAAAGGUGUUGCAGUACAUGUGUCGAUUGUCCGAUCAGGAUCUUCGAUCACCGGCUACGAAAUCGAUGGCCGAUUUUAUGUGGACUGCCAUCAAGGACCCAUUUGAUACGCAGAUUACAUUCGACACGGAGGGAUUGGCGCUCGCUUUUAAGUAUUUCACUUCCUCCACGCUGACGAUGCGAUUGGCAGGGAUGGCGCAGAUCAAUGCACACAUCAACAUGUUCAACGAUAUCUGCACGUCGGAAACGGUUUCCGAAGUAGAAGCGGUGGGACUAAAGCUGGCCAAUUGGUUAUCCGAGAAUCAGAUUAUUUCACACCUUUUCGGACCGAACCUUCACGUGGAGGUUAUCAAACAGUCGCAUAUUGUGCUUAAUUUUCUAGCGGUCGAAAAUCAGAUCACCGAAGAACACAUUACGCUGAUGUGGCAAGCGGCCCAGUUGAAACACUGCUCCAAGACGAUAUACGAUAUUUUGCCUUCGUUGGUCAAGAACCUCGCACCGAAACCAGCCACACACCUGUACUCGCUGCUGUGUCGGCUGGAUCUCAAGGAACAUACCGAGCAGAGCAUCUACAUUGCAUCCGCUUUAACUAAGCUAAUUUGGAUGCGCGACUGUUCGCGACAAACGCUUAUCGAUAUGAGUAAAUCGGCCGGUGCCACUGCUAAUGAUAUAGCAGCGGGACGUGGUGAUUAUAACGAGCUCCCGUCCAGCUCAGAGAAUAGCGUUAGCGUGGAUGGUACUAAUAGUGAGGAUGAGCAUCCCGAAGACGAUAGUUCCGAUCCAGAUAUACCGUCGGUACCGCCGGUGGUUGUAGCCGGUAUCCAUAAACCUCCCGGUCCGAUCCUGCGUAUGGGUCCGGACCGUGAGGGUGAAUCCGACAAUGGAGCACCUCCUUGCAAGCAGGCACGCCAUAAAAUUUGUUGUGAUGAAACUACUGAUGACAGUAUCAAGGUGGAACCUGAUAUUUACGAUGUUCAUCAAAGAAUAAAAGAGAAAAUAAGAAUCCCACUGAUGACUCGUUCGAUCACUGCCUUCAACGAAGAUGCUACCAGCAGUGACGAAUGCAUCGAUGUGGAUGAAGCUUUUUUAAUGCGCAAAAAGUUACGCAAAAAACGUCGCAAAAUAAGCGGCCUAACACGCAAAGAGUUGCAGGAGUUGCAAGAAAGUGUAUCCGAUGUGGAGGACAGCGAUCUGUUGGCAGCAAUGCUUCCCGAUAGUGACUGUAGCGAUAACAAUCUGCAGACGUCUGUAUUGCGGCACAUUCAACAACAACAGCAGCAACAGCAUCACCAUCAUCAUCACCACCACCAUCAUCAUGGUAGUCCUUUGGGUCCAGUAAUGGGAAUGAACGAGCGCGAUCAGCUGAUCGGUCGGGCAGGCAACAGUCUUAUGGGUGCCGCUGGAGUCGCGGCACUGAAUGAUGAUGUUUCCAGUUUUAUGGGCGCAAUGGGCGAGGGUCGGUUGAUUAACUUUCUGAACGCGGCAGAUGCGGCCGACCACGAUGGCAGCUGUUCGUCGCCUAUGAGCAACAAAUCGGAAAAGAAUAUGGCUGACUUUGAUGAUGAGGAUUCGCCGUGUGAAGAGGAACUCGCACAGUUAGCGGCGCGUGCUGAAUCACUGCAUCAAGGGUUUCCCAUCUCGCGACCACGGUCGAUCGGUACCGUAGCAGGACCGUCACCAUUACGUCCGGGUACUGGUGGAAUGGGAUUGAUGAAACAUUCACCCCAUCAGCACUCGCCUGGAAUGCAUCGAAUGGGUGCCAAUAAUGGAGGGAUAAAGAUGGCCAAAGGAGGAUCUACAAAAACGAAGGAUAUUCUGCAAGCUACGGCCGCUGCUGCAGCUUCUGCCGGUCCCGUGGGUAAUAUGAUGAUCGGGAAUCCUUACCGGUUUCCCGACGUCUGCCUGCCGGGUAACACCUUGCUGUGGGAUCUUCUUCAAGACGAUAAGAUUGGUCAGCUGGGUGAAUCGAUCGCACUGGAAGCGGAAAAAGUUCUCGGUACCUUGCUUUGCUUCCACACGGAUAAGCACAUUCGCACGCGGUUUAUCGAAGGCUGUCUGCAAAACUUGGCCGAAAACCGUAGUGUAGUGACGAGCUUGAAACUGCUACCAAAGUUGUUCGCAUCAUUUCAGCAGUUCCGGGAUGUGACUACGCAUCAGGUCGUUCUGUGGUCGGAACGACAGCAUCGAAUGAUGUUUCACUUUUUCAACAAUCUGAAACAUUACUCCGCAACUUACCGGAACAGUGUGAACGCUGCCAGUGUGCAAACGGAUAGCAUGAGUCAGAGUGGACCGCUUUACUCGCAUGUGACCCAGAUACAAGUGCGUUUACAGUUUCUGACGUCCGUGUUUAGUGAUGUUGGAUCGCCGCGAAAUUUCCGGUUAACGUUGAAUCAAGUGGACAGCUUGUGGAGCUGCCUGGCCAACGAUCCAGAAUGCAGUGAUUGUCUGUUUUCCUGGCUGCAGGCGCAGGUGAAAGGUGGCGAUACGCAUGCACUCGGGUUGAAUGCUAUCCAGCAUCUGUAUUUGAAGCGCCUAUCGGAGCUGAAACCGGAAGGAAUAUCGAUGGUUGCGUUGGGUUUGUUUCAGCAACUUUUCACCCUUGGUCGGGAAGAGCUUUUCGGACAACCGAACGAUGGUAAUGAGCGUGAUCGUGAGAUGGACAACGUUGGCAUGGAGCACUUGUGGAAGAUAGCACUGCGUGCGACAAAUACCGAUGUGUCGCUUUCCGCCAUUCAGUACAUCAACACCUACUAUAUGGAGAAGCAGCUGAAGUAUGAGCAUCAGUUUGUGGAACAGUGUAUGAACCAUUUGUCGCAAGCUGUCGAAGAACUGAACCAACAUUCGGACAACAAUGGCCCGGAGACAGAGUAUGCCUUGCUGUGUGUGCAGCGUGCAUUAAUGCUGCUCAAUACCCAUCUCGAUACAUUCCGGCGGCGAUAUGCGUACCACUUGCGUCGUUGGGCUCUUGAAGGCAAAGAUAUCGGGGCAUACAGCGCCCUGCGUACGGAAGGUCCUGGACCACCGUUCAGAAUCGUGCUGCAACCAGCCGGCGUACCCGAUAAAUCAUUUCUUAACAUGCACGCGAGUGAUCUUGUGGCUGAUUUGAAGGCGGAAAUUGCGAAAUGGUGGGAAAAGUAUCAAGGAGCACCACAAGCAAAAGCGACUCAACCGCCCAGCAGUAGCAACGCUGUCAGCGGAGGCGAACAAACCAGUUCGGGAAGUCCAGCCCCGGUUCUAGGAUUACUGCUGAACGAUGGGCCGUUGAGAAUCAUCACGCAGGGACAGGAAAUAACGUCCGAGUACGAUGAACGCAGUUUGGCCGAUGUUGGCUUCAAGGAUAAUCAAAUGGUGUAUGUGUCACUCGGUGGUCGCAGCGGCAGAAGGCGCGAGCAGAAUGAAAACCCUUCGAUGCAACCUCCGCCAUCGAAGGAUUGUUUGCCGACGCUCUUACUGCUGAAAGCACCGUACUUUGAGCAAUUGUUCCGCUUGAUGCAAACUUUGGGUGAUAUGAAAAUCAGUGUCACGGGGGAACGCUGUCAGCCCAACACCAAAGCCCAGCUACUGUCGCGGCGUGUGUGGGACAUUCUUGCAAUGCUACCAACAUGUCCUUCCUUCUUCAGCACGCUGAAAAAUCUCUCUUUUAAGUGUGCUACCACCGCAAAUCGCCAGAAUGCGGGCGAGAAACGUACAACCGCGAACAGCAGUAAGAAUUCAUCCAGUGGUGACGAAAUUACGGGAGAAUUGGCAAAGGAUACAGAUCCACUGCUGGGUGGUUGCUAUACGUUGGAAGAAAUUCUUGAUCCAUAUAAUUUGCAAAAGUUCAUGUACGCCUUGCACAUAGUGGAGAGUCUGUGCAAAUCAAAGUUUGUGGGCAAUUGCUGUGGGAGUGUGGCUGGCAGUAGCUCCGGAGCAGUGCACUUGAAGCAAAUGCCGUUUGCCGAGAGUGGUAACAAUCGUGGUUCCAUCGGUGUUGCCGGGACGAGUUCCAAGACGUUAUCGGUAAAAAAUCAACUGAAGCUGAAGAUUUCUUCUUCGAAAUCAUUGAAAAUGCAACAACAAACCAGUCCGAGACAAGGCACCGUGAUGGUACAAGACUCACCCGCUGCGGGAAACAACAAUCGAUCGCCUUCAAAGGGCAAACGAUUGGAUUUUGCGCCCAAUUCACCGGGACCAGGUGUGGUAAAACCAACACCAUUGUGCGGUGAAGACGAUCGUUCGGUGAUAAUGGCAAGGGACCGGCCAGAUGGAAACAUGGAUAACAAGGAAAAUAAACCCGACUCCGAUGGUGGUUCGUGUUCAACUAAACCCGAUGAUCAGCUAACAGCAGAUUCACAACAAUCGAGCGAUUGUGCGCAGGAAGUGUCAGGCAUGGGUAGCAUGCAGCAGGAUGCAGCACAGUUGCAAGGAUCGGAAGAACUUAAGAAGCAGGAAACCUGCCCAGAGUCGACUAGCGAUCCGAACGAACCGGGUACCAGCUCGUCCCGUGUGGUCGAGUGGAGCGAUGAAUUUAUGCGAUGUGGUGGUUUGGCCCAUUUGUAUCGCAUUUUCCUUUCCGGUGUGCUACAAAAGUCUACCGACGGUUCCGACGAGAGUGAACUGAACGAAUGGCGUCACGAUUGUCUUGCUUCGUUACUGCGCAUCAUGUGUCUGUUGGGAAUGGACGAGCUAAAAACGACCGAAACAGAAGGCAACGGGGUCUUGAUUCCGUCCUUAAAUCGGGACACGAUGGCAUUAUUCGAACCACGUCCCACUCUCGAGCGGAUCGCGUCAAUCUUGAACGAGGAAUCGCUCCCGGUGAAUCCUAACCUUUUCAAAACGGGUAUGUUCGGUCGUCCGCAGGUAAUACAUUACGUCAUGAAUUUGCUCGUCUGUUAUGCACACUCCUGCAAGGAAGUGCGUCGGUUGCUGUGGACAAUCGAGGCAAACUCUCAUUGGCUGCAGCGUUUGAUACUGGAUGAUCCAGAACCAGCCGUUCGACGGGAGGCAUGUGCGGCACUGUACCGGCUGUGUUUAGGUAAUGCGCAAACGUACUACGAGCUGAUGGCACCGUUACUUUCGAAGCUGGUGGCACUACUCCCGCUGGCGGAAAAUAUGAAACCACAGGCCCUGAACGUUGCUGCUGGUGGCGGCGGUAUCUACGGUAUGCUAUUGUCGGCGGGUGACGAAGGAAAGGAACCGUACGGGCCAGCUUGUAGAGACUAUUUCUGGUUGCUAUGCCGGUUGGUGGAUUCGCUUUCUCCGGAGCUGCUCCGAGGAAAUGCUGGCAGCUCUACUAGCGACGAAGUACAGCCACGGGAUGCCAUUGGAUUGGAUGCCAUGUGUCAGCAGGUGGCCCGCAGCAUUCUUGAGCGCGAUUAUCUGGAAAGUCGACACGGCAGUCCUGACGAUGGGUUGUUCGGGCUGCUGAAUUUAAUGGCAAAUUUGCUAAAAUUCGAUCCAGUGUUCAAGUACAGUGUAGCUGGGCAAGAAUUUAUGGUCAGUGUGUUUUGCUGUCUGUUCGAACUGCCAUCCCCCGAGGAUCGCGAAAAGCCAAAAUGUAAAAGUCAUGCGGCACGGGCAGCUGCGUACGAUUUGUUGGUCGAGAUGUGUCGCAACGCACCGAAGAAUUAUCUUCUGCUACACGGAAAGCUGAUGCAGCAACAUCGGGCCGGACCACAUUCGCCGUAUCCGUGGGAUUAUUGGCCACAGGACGAAGGUCGUUCCGAAUGUGGCUAUGUCGGGUUAACGAAUCUUGGUGCAACCUGCUACAUGGCAUCGUGCAUUCAGCAUCUCUUCAUGACACCUCAAACGCGUGAUGCCAUCUUAUCCAUCUCAACCGAUGCGCCGCAAAAGCACAAAGCGACACUCUAUGAACUGCAGCGCAUGUUUGCCUAUCUGAUGGAGUCGGAACGGAAGGCGUACUGUCCGCGUUCGUUUUGCCGAGUUUAUCAGAUGGAUCAUCAGCCGUUGAACACAGGCGAACAGAAGGAUAUGGCAGAGUUUUUCAUCGAUCUCGUUUCGAAGCUGGAGGAAAUGACGCCGGAGCUGAAGAAUCUUGUCAAACGCAUCUUUUGUGGUGUCAUCAGCAAUAAUGUUGUGUCCUUAGAUUGUGGACAUGUGAGUAGAACGCUGGAGGAAUUUUAUACCGUCCGUUGCCAGGUGGCAGAUAUGCGCAAUUUGCAUGAAUCGCUUGACGAAGUUACUGUUAAGGAUACGCUAGAGGGUGACAAUAUGUACACUUGCUCACAGUGCGGCAAAAAGGUGCGUGCGGAGAAACGGGCCUGCUUUAAGAAACUGCCACAGAUACUGUGCUUCAACACGAUGCGGUACACAUUCAACAUGGUAACGAUGCUGAAGGAGAAGGUGAACACACACUUUUCUUUCCCGAUGCGUCUGGACAUGUCUGGUUACGUGGAGAAAACACUGAUGCCACACCACUAUCAGGAGGAGAAACGAAAAUCGCAAAUGCGCCGAUCACACUCCCGAAACGUAAGCGAAUCUUCUGCAACAGGCGAAGCGAAUCCGGCUGGUGCGCCCGGAUCUAAUGACGAUAACAGUAGCAGCAGCGCUAGCAGUAACACUAGCAACAGUAGUAGUACCGGCAUUAUGAGCACAAGCAGUGAUUGUAAUGCUGCUAGUAACGAUAACAAAACUAACGGAGCUACAACGACCAUGGAUAAGCAGGAUAGUGAAGACGUCGAGAUGAAGGCUGCUGGAUCUGAUGAGAAAAGCAACGCCGAGCGAAAGAACGAUACGGCGAACGGAAACCUUAGCGAUAGUAGCAAUGGUGACCUGCAACGACAGCAGCAGACGAUGGAUGAGGAAGAAUCGGAGGAUUUCAAUGAGAACUACGAAUACGAUCUGGUUGGCGUUACGGUGCACACAGGGAAUGCGGACGGUGGGCAUUACUAUAGCUUCAUUAAGGAGCGCAAUGAAGACGGUGAUCCGAAUCACCAGGAACGCUGGUUUCUGUUUAAUGACGCUGAGGUGAAAUUGUUCGACCCAUCACAAAUCGCGGCAGAAUGUUUUGGUGGCGAAAUGACGAGUAAAACAUACGACUCGGUAGCGGAAAAGUAUUUGGAUUUUAGUUUUGAAAAAACGAAUUCGGCGUACAUGCUGUUCUAUGAAUGGCGUUCCAACAAGGGCAAGAAUGUGCAGCGUGAUCAAGUCGAUCAACAGCAAGCAUCAACGUCAUCGUCUGCUACGGAAAAACGAGCUACCGGUGUGCCCAACAACAAUGUAGAUAGCAAGAAGAGAACAUUCACUAAUUCUACGAAAAGUACUGUGAAAUCACCGAUCAAAAAUCCGGUAAAAUCCACCAAUAUGCCGGACAGGGAGGCCUGUAGUAAGCAGCAAGACCCGAUACUUUCCCCACCAAAGGAAAACCUCACCAUGUCAGAUGUUGGAAAAUUGGCGAACAGAGAAGCAGCAAUUACCACGGCUCAAUGUGCGUCUAAUCCCACGGUUGCAGCUUACAAUUCGAAAACGUUUUCUGUGUCGCAAGCAUCGUUUUCGGCAUCGUCCCAACAACAGUUAGCUGCCUCGAAAGCUGUAUCGAAUAACAGCAAGGCUGCAGCAGGGCAGGAGAAACAGGACGCAAAUAAAAAUGGCAAUGCUGCAGCAACGCGAGAGCAGCUGGUAACGAACGCUGAUCCACUGAAGGAGCGCCAGUUGGCUACGUGUGAUGUUGCCGUAGGUCAAACGCCAGCGAGUAAUGAACGUGAUCAAGAGACUGAACAAUUCAUCCAACAACUUAGUGAAGUAGCUAAAGAAAGUAAUAACCUAAGUAAAUGUGAUAUAGAUACUAAGCUUGCUAGCACUGCUAGAAUACCAUCAACAACAUCAUCACAGCAGCAGGAAGCUGAAGUGGCAUCCACCAGAGCAGUCAGUCCUGCGCCAACGAUAGCAUCGCUUGCCAGCACUGCUUCGCUCUCGCCAGCAUCUACCGCAUCGACAGCAUCCGUCACUUCGGCCGGAGCCGCCACGGCUGUUAUUGCACCAACCAUUAGUGUACCGUCGGUUCCCGUUUCCACUCCAUUGCAUCCGCUGAUUGUACCUCUUGCUGGUUCGUCCGUCGCAUCCGGAUCUGUGGUAUCGUCGUGUAUGGGCGCAUUAAGUGGACCAGGACCACCGUCGGUUAUGGGUUUUCAGGGAUCGACAUCAUCCGCACCAUCACCCUCGGCCAUGCUGCAUGGCGUUGUUGCGGAACCAUCACCUUCGUCUUACUCGUCAAUAUCAUCACUUUCUGCACUAACGGCGACUGUCGGUGGUAAUAUAGCGUUACCGAUGGCUGCUGUCGUAGGACCUACGCCUGGGGGGCCGGGAUCAUCUUUCAGUGCUGUUACGUCCCACGCAGUGUUACAGUCUUCAAGUUCGCCUGGUUGCUCAAGCGGCUCGGGUAGUGGAAGCACCAGUGGUUCAGGAUUGGUAAUGGUGAAUCGGAUUAACCAAUCGAAUAAACGACUCCGGCGUCGGCCUCUGUCAAAGGAGCUAGAAGAAUGGAUAUGGCAGGAUAACAGACAUUUCCUGCAGGAUCGAAACAUCUUUGAGCACACGUACUUUAACUUUAUGUGGCAAAUUUGUGGUCACAUACCUCAAAGCUUGUUGGCGCUGCCGGACAUAACGAGCAUUGCCGCACAACUUUCGGUGUCGUUUUUCAUCGAGACAUUUAUACACGCAAAGGAAAAGCCAACAAUGGUAUUGUGGGUAGAAUUGUUGACGAAACAGUUCAAUGCCAGCCAGGAAGCUUGCGAAUGGUUUCUCAGCCAUAUGUCCGCAGAACCUUGGUGGCCCGUACAGGUUCUAAUACAAUGUCCGAAUCAGAUGGUUCGUCAAAUGUUUCAACGGCUGGUGAUACAUGUAAUUCAACGGUUAAGACAAAGUCAUUGUAGUUUGUAUCUGAAGGCAGAGACGGAUAUUGAUGGGAACGAAAUAAUAGGAAACGUUUCUUGUGUGACACGAUUCAUUAAAUCGCUCAUUAUGCUGAUGGAGCAUGGUGCCAAGGCACAUUCGAGGCAUUUGUCCGAGUUCUUCGGUUUGCUGUAUGAAUUUUCUCGCAUGGGCGAAGAGGAAGCACUGUUUUUGCUGCGCAUUAACGUAAUACGAAGUGUGGCCGAUUUUUACCUUGGUCACAAAGGACAGGAAUGUAUCGAUGCAAAUUCGGACAAUGAAGAAAAUUCAUCGGAUGAAGCGUUAACUGUCGAUAAAUCGCGUCCAGCAUCGUUGGAUAAGAUGAUCGCAUUAGUUGCUUCCCUGGUGGAACGAUCCAGAGGGCCAGAUUUACGGCUGCAUUUGUCCGCGCGAGACUACAAUGCGAUUGCGGGCGGUAAAGGUUUUCCGUUUUUGUACCAACAGAUUAAGGACAACAUAAAUCCGCAACAAACGCGCCAUCUAAUCCAUGCAUUGUGUCGAUGCGAUGAACGGCUUGCUAGCCAGAUUAUAGCGAUGCUAUUCACCGCCGUCACCAAGCACACGGAACUGUGUGGUCCUUUCUUCAAGCUGAUUACCUUGCUGACGGAAUCUUCUGGCGGACCGUCAGGUCUUCCGUGCUUCUCGCAGCUCGUGCUGCAACGUGUCUGGGAUGCUGCCGAGUACUGUCCACAGUCCGCUCUCGAUUGGUUGGCCGUACAGGCACCGCGCAACAAGAUCGUCCACAAUUGGAUUCUACAGUCGGCCGACAGCUGGGUGGAACGGUUUUUACUGGCACACGGAAACGCACGGGUCCGAAAUGCUGCCGCCUAUCUGUUGGUGUCUCUAGUGCCUUCGCAGAGCUUCCGGAACAACUAUCGGGCAACAUCGCACCAUAAGUUAUCGAUACACGUGUUUCAGCAUCGUGAGAUAUCCUGCGAAGCGCAGCUUAUCCUGCACACCAUACUGAAUCUGCUCCUGCUGCUACUGCGUUCGGCAAGAAAUUACACGGACAUUAACCUGCAUGGCACGAGCAAGUUUACCGCGUAUUUUAACCUGCUAACUUACUGUUUGGUAUCGAAGACGGAGAAAUUGAUGGUUGGCCCACACUUGAGAGCUUUGUGGGAUCUGUUUCACCCAAGGCUGUCAGAACCGGCUGUGCCGGCACAUCACAACAAACAGGCGUUGCUAGCGUUUUGGUAUCAAGCCACACUGGACUGUCCGGAAAAUGCGAGCCUUGUGGCAAACUGUCCAGAUAUAACACGGAACAUUGCAUUUAACUACAUUUUAGCGGACCAUGACGAUACGGAAAUAGUGACGUACAACCGUGCAAUGUUGCCAGUGUACUAUGGCUUGCUACGAAUGUGCUGCCAGCAGAGCCGUCUGCUUACCAGACAGUUAGCGGCACACCAGAAUUUGCAGUGGGCAUUUAAAAACAUUACACCACACCCGACCCAGUACCCGUUGGCCGUCGAUGAGCUUUUUCGCUUGAUGACUCUCUUCGCCCAACGUCACCCCGAUGCAAGCGAAGCCGAACAGCGUGAUGUGACCAUCUUUCGCCGAACGACGCUAACGGCCUAUCUUAACGGGCUAGAUGCUCGUGUGUCGUGGGGCACGCUAAUAGCGGCACUACGAAUUCUCGUGGAUAACGACGAUGACCGAUUGUACGUGGUACUGAACGGUGGCAUAACGCUUUGCUUCGACGCACUACACACACUGCAUUCGAUGUACCACGAAGCGACGGCUUGCCAUGUGUUUGGAGAUCUGCAAGAGUUGCUGACGGAGGUUAUUUUACUAAUUAACACCCUGCGCGCUAGCAGCCGUGAGCAGAAGAAACGUCCUCAGCCAGCUUUGAUGAAGGGUCUGCCCGAUGCCGUACGCCGAUUGGCCACGCUGCUGAACACAUUCAAUCCACCGGAGAUGCGUAACCUAGCGUUAGAGGUGUUGAAGGAACUGGUGAAAUGUGCACCACCGGACAUAAUCACGACUGUGCUGGUACCACUGCUGACGAAUUGUCACGCACCGCACGUGAACCAUCUAAUCCAUCAGGCGAACAGCACGGGCAGCAGCAACUCGCCAGCGAUAUCGAACGCGGCCGUUUCAGCUGCUGCCUCAUCAUCCAUCGGUCCGCUAGGUUCAUACUUUCCCCGGCGGGGCAUGAAAGCGACCUGGCCACCAGUGUCCAAAAACACACCCCGUCCACCGAAAGCAAUGAUGCAGAUGAACAUUCCACAGGCACAGAUAUGUGAAAAGGGUUUGGACAAAGAUUUCGAUCUUGCACUCGAACUGUUUUAUCGACCGUAUCACGAAUUUCUGGACAUCAUGUUCCGUGUAGCAGUGACGUCAAACCAUUUUAGUGAACCAUUGGUGCACCUCUCACUGUUAACCGGCAUUGAAGCGGUAGUGCUACACUUUAAUAUUUUUGCUAAGUUUUGGGUUGGAAUUUACAACAAUAAAACAACACAUCGAUACGCUGAAAUGCUCAUACAAAAUCCACUGCUAAUCGAUUACAUCGACAACGUAUUGAGAGACGAAAGACUGUCGCUAAACGAUCCUAUAAUAGCGAAUUUUAUCGAAAUCUAUUAUCCAAAGAUAAAAUCGCGUCUUGUCGUGCCACGGUUGCUGGAAUCCAUCUGUCAGUUAUUGCCGGACAAGAAUAAUCUGGAGGAUAUAUGUGGCGAUCUGCAGGCGAUUCGAAUUAUUGGCCAGCGUACAGGAAUACCGAGCUCUGUGAAGGGUGCACUGCAGAAUUCGCUCCAUGCCGUACUAACAAAGUUUAAGGAUGAAAUCUACAGUGAUGAAGAAAUACCUACGAAAAAACGAAAAGUGACUGUGCCACACAUAACGAUUCAUCCCGUUGUUCGAUCAUCCGCCUCUGGUGAGACUUCUGGCAUGGCGGCUACUCAAACAGCGGAGUUAGCACAACCGACAGCAAUCGUGCCAGAAGGAUCGAUGGCCAAAGCUACACGACUUAAGGAAAAUGUACCACCAUCGAUUGAAAUCACCGUACAAAACAAACCAGGUGCUUCCUCCGGUGCUGGAAGUGUGAUAAAACCGCCAACCUCCACCGAAAAUGCUGCCUCCGAGAACGAGGCCCGAAAUCAACCAACGGCGUCAACGAGCGGAACUACGGUGCCAGCUUGUGAAGCUGCAGGAGCGGCCCAGACCACAGCGCACGGUAACACCGAUAAAGAGCGUGAUAUGAAAAACAGUGAGAAGGCUGGUGUACACCCUACGGAUGAAAGUGAAACCAUUGGUCCAACGGUAAUGGACACCGGUCCGAGCGGCGAGCAGAACCCGCAACAACAACAAAAGCAGCAAGAGCAGUAUCUACGUAAUUUAGUGAAAGACAUCGAGAGCCAUAUUGAACUAAUAUUUGAAUGUUUGGAUGAUGAUGAAGUGGAUAACGCAACCGAAGCCAAUAUCCAGCAGCAUCAGCCACUCGAUGAACUGGAUGAACGGAUCGCGAAGGGUUCGGCAACCAUCAUCUCUACCAAGGCUGAGUUGAGUGCGUCACCAGCGACUGUUUCAAUGACCACAAAGCGACAAACUGAUGCAAUGGAACAGCGCGACGAUAUCGUCAUCGUUAGCAGUACCAACAGCGGUUGUCAUGCUGCGGCUGCAACAGUUGAAGCGGCAACCGCAACCGAGGUAACGGAAUGCAGCAAUACUGCUGGUCAGCAGCAGUUCGCCAACGUUAGUAAGGUACCGAAGAAGUCCAUUGUUCAGGAAUCAAAAGAUAGGGCAACUGAAGAGAGUACUUUUGAACAGCGGAAGGCCACUUCUCCCAAACCGGAAACCUGUCCAGACGAAGAAGAUGAGAAGAAUUCGCUGUCGAAACCUGUAGUAUCUUAAAGAAUGCAAGAUUAGGAAUGAAAGUAAAAGAAAGUAAUGUAAAGAAGGAGCCGAAAAGCAUAUAGUAGAAGAAGAAGGUGCUAAAAGAAGAAUAAGCGAAAGGCACUACAACAUCUACAUACAUGGUCGUUUCCGCCAAAGGCGCAAAUAACAGAUUGCUCAUACAGGAAACUUUUCCCGGUCGAACAUGUGCGGCCGAUUAAGCCGAUCUUGCUGUGGUUCGAUCGCAUGAAAUAAUCAUGCCUAAGGGAUGAAGUUUAAUUUCUAAUUGUAUUUUUAAGUUUCUUUUUUUUCUCGUUUACUCAUUCGCCUAUCGUUAUCGCGAUUUUGGAGCGCAUAAUCAUUAUUCUUAAUUAUUUUUUGCAAAAAACCACACCCUGGUUUUCCUGUCCUAAUGAUUUGUAAGGGUAGUGGAGAAGUGGUCGCGAAUUAAUAAUCACUAAAAGCAUCACUUGGACUGGACAGGUGGUGUGUGCAGGUAUCGAAGGAACCUAGUUUUCGAAUUGAGAGAGAAAAAAAUGUUAAUAGGUAGGGCUAGGACACACGGAAGGAAAGGCAGAGCUCUAGUUUUGCGUAAGUAAUCAGUUAUAGAGGCAGGCAUUGUGAUGGAUUAUUUAAAUAACCGUACAUCGAUUGAACUUAUUUUGCGAUUGACAAAGGAUGAUGCUCUUCUUGGCGUUUGCAAGGAAAAAGGUUGAAAGACGGAUCAGAAACUAUGUUAUAUGCUACACUGCGUGAGGACAGUGUAAAUGCUUCGUAUUAAGGCCCUGUUAUAUUAAGUGCCGAAAAAGAUCGGACAUAUACGUUCAACAUUGCUCUGUUUAGGAAAACAAGCGGCAAUGCUUCCAGCAGCGACACACACUGCGUGUAAAAUCGAUUCAAACGUUUAUGCUUUUACAAUUUUUAAACAGUUUUCUUUUCUCUAUUGCCGACGGGCACACAGUGACUUACCGAGUAGCUCCGAUUUGCUUCGAUGCGUUUGUAUGUUGUACCUACGUUGAAAUUACCAGCUGUGUAAAUUGAUAAAACACGCGUUUUUUUGUUGUUGUUGCAAAUUCUACGUCGAUUGAUUCGUCGGUUUUUAUGCUUUGUAUCUACAGCUCGUUCCAUCAACCACCAUCAUUAUUGUCCCUUGUAUUGUAUCUCCUUCCUCGCUCUCUCUGUCUCUGGUUUCGCGAUCCUUAUUUCAUGGCGACGGGCGUGAUCAGGCGUGAAACGAACUACAUAGAUUAAAGUUGUGCACUACGAAGAAAGUAAUACAAACUGCCCCUCGUAGAAGGCAGGCAAUGGUAUAAGGGUGCAGAGAGAUAUCUUAUUUAUUGUAAAAUUUAGCUAGUCUAAAAAUUUCCUUUUUUUAUCCUUUAUUAUCUUCAGCAAGUUCUUUUAUGUUCAAUUUAUUAAAAAUUAUUAUCGUAAAUCGAUGGUAAAAA